AUGGAUCCAUCUGUUCAAAGACUGCUGAGCGACAAGCUAUACGAUAAACGGAAACAAGGUGCUUUGGAACUCGAAAAAACUAUCCGUGAUUCUCUUGCGAAAGGUGAACCUAGCAAGAUAAAAAACAUCGUGGACCAGCUGUGUCACGAAUAUGCAUAUGCCGUCCACCAACCUCACACAAGAAACGGCGGAUUAAUUGGUCUAGCGGCGGCCUCGAUAGCGCUUGGUACGGAUGAAGUUGCUCCCUUUCUCUACGAAAUCGUUCCUCCCGUCCUUGCCUGUUUUACAGAUCAAGAUGCACGCGUUCGUUACUACGCAUGCGAAAGCAUGUAUAACAUUGCGAAGGUAGCCAAGGGAGAACUGCUACUAUUUUUCAAUGAUAUUUUCGAUGCAUUGUGCAAGCUUGCUUCUGACUCGGAACUGUCAGUGAAGAACGGAGCAGAACUCCUCGAUCGGCUCGUGAAAGACAUAGUUUCUGAAUCGGCAGCCUCAUACGUCUCCAUUUUACAAGCACCCAAGAAAGCUCAUAGUGAAUCGGGGAUAGAUGGGGUUGAUGAGUCGGAGGAAAUCCCAAAUCCGCCUACAGCGUUUUCGCUUGCAAAUUUUAUCCCUCUCCUCAAGGAGCGCAUACAUGUCAUCAAUCCAUUCACACGCACCUUUCUAGUUUCAUGGUUAACGCUGUUGGAUACGAUACCCGAUUUGGAGCUUGUGCAUUAUUUGCCCGCCUUUUUAGGAGGCUUGUUCAGGUUUCUCAGUGACCCUAAUAGGGAUGUUCAUACCAUAACUCAAGGUGCUCUGGAAACGUUUCUUAGUGAGAUUAAGAAGAUUGCUUGUAUAAAAAGGGGAAUCGCAUACAGCCGUCGUGACCAGGAAAGUGGGAACAAUAAACAAUCUUCUACAAACUAUAGUAUGAGUGUUAGCUCUAGUACGAGUGAUGCCAAGGACGUCAGUGACAAUGCUAUUGCGGAUUCCGAUCCUGGGGCUGUUAACGAUGAAGAUGUCAAUGUUUACGGGGAUUACGUUCCUGGGCAGGAUGUUCAUGUAGAUCAUCCUAAGAUUCUAGAGAUCCUAGUUGGCUUUGUGGACACAUCCUUUGAGGAGGAAAUCCAGUUAACGGCGCUGCGAUGGAUAGAUAGCUUUUUUGAAAUAAGCCCAGAGGACAUACUUCAGUAUGUCCCGCGGCUUCUUUCAAAAGUGCUACCCGCGCUUUCGAGUGGUUCAAAUCAAGUUCGCGAGGCUGCAAAUCGAGUUAAUACGUCACUCAUGCAAUACAUCGUCUCCCUCACCGAUGAUAGUGGCAUUGAUGAAACUCAGUUAGCUCCACCCUCGAGGUUGCCUGCCGCACCAGUUAAGGAGGCGGAUGGCCGAAGGUCAUCAACUCCUACUGGAAAACCGCACUCUGUCUCUAAUGAUGCCAACGCUAUAAAGCCACUUCCAUCUCCUCCGAUACCUAGGGCAGCAUUGGCUCCACGAAGCAAUGGAGAUGCAACACCAAUGCCUUCUCCAGACUUAGAUUAUGCCGCAGCUGUCAAUGCGUUAACUCUCCAGUUUCUCAACGAGAACGAGGCUACAAGAGUUGCAUCGUUGGCUUGGCUUAUUAUGCUUCACAGAAAGGCGCCGAGGAAAGUUCUUGCGUUCCACGACGGAACGUUUCCUGCUCUGCUUAAGACUCUGUCGGAUCCAUCUGAAGCGGUUGUUACGCGAGAUCUCCAACUUCUCUCUCAGAUCUCGAGAAAUAGCGAAGAUAGCUAUUUCACGUCGUUUAUGGUGAACUUACUUCAGCUCUUUUCCACCGACCGAAAACUUCUCGAAAUACGUGGCAACCUUAUUAUCAGACAGCUCUGUGUUAAUCUAAGCCCAGAACGGAUUUAUAGAACGUUGGCGGAUUGUCUUGAAAAGGAGGAGGACAUUGAAUUUGCUAGUAUUAUGGUGCAAAAUUUGAAUAAUAACCUCAUUACUGCUCCUGAACUUGCAGAUAUGAGAAAGAGAUUGAGAAACCUUGAAUCUAAGGAUGGUCAAAUGUUUUUCGUAGCCUUGUUUAGAUCAUGGUGUCACAAUGCCGUUGCUACCUUUUCUCUGUGCCUCCUGGCCCAAGCAUACGAACAAGCAUAUAAUCUUCUGCAAAUUUUCGCGGAGUUAGAAAUGACUGUCAAUAUGUUGAUCCAAAUCGACAAGCUUGUUCAGUUACUAGAAUCGCCAGUUUUCACCUACCUCCGCCUCCAGCUUCUUGAACCGGAGAGAUAUCCUUACCUGUAUAAAUGUCUUUAUGGCGUCCUUAUGUUGCUUCCCCAAAGCUCCGCGUUUGCUGCGCUCAAGAACCGCCUUAACAGCGUGAGCAAUAUUGGGCUACUACACCCAGCUGCUCGAGGUCCUGCAAACGCUCCAGGGAUUCCUUCGUCCUACGAACGACCAGGAGGCAGAUUGAAAUCCCGCGAAGAUAUUCGAUGGGGCGAUCUGCUUGAAAAGUUCAAAUUCGUGCAGGAAAGGUCCAGACGUUCAGGGCGAACGUCAUCUCGGCAACUAGUCUCUGGCGGAGAUAACGCUCCCCACUCAUCAAUUGCUGCGGCAGUUGCGGCAGCUACUGCAGCAGGUCAAAAUGGCGGCAGGGAGAGAGCUGCUGCAGAUUCCCAUCGUUUAGGGGCUGCAGGCACUGGAGGAACUGGUGGUGGAAUCGCCCAUUCGACACGACAGAGCUUUGCGAUGCAUGACUCUGGUGCCGGCGGAGCGCAGAAGUCACCCAAGACGAGAUCCACGCUUGGAAACUUUGGUCGAUUAAGCGGGAUCGGACAAAGGAAAACGAAACGAUGA